UGUAAUUUUAUUCUCUCACUGACUUCACAGCUGACAGCUUUGGUAAAAUCUUUGAUUCAUUUUAUUUAGGAAAUUUGUAUUCCCUUUAGCUCUUAACAUAAUAUCAAAAGCAAAUUAAAGCUUUUAUCAAGUUUUGAAUUUUUCAUAAUUGGAACCAAAAAAUGGCUUCGGAGAGUGCCGAUAGCACGAAAAAUAAGAAACCCUCCGAUAGCGCCUUCAAGCAGCAAAAGCUACCGGCAUGGCAACCAAUUUUGACUGCAGGAACUGUUCUACCUACGUUUUUUGUAAUAGGAAUUGCGUUUAUACCUGUUGGGAUAGGAUUAUUAUAUUUCUCAGACGAAGUCAGAGAACACAUUAUCAACUACACAAACUGCAUGGAAACUAUAUUUAAUGGUACAGAUGCUGAAUAUUCUUGGUAUACAACCAACAGAACUUGCAUUUCGGUUAUUCAGAAUAAGUCGGAGACUUGUUACUGUAGGAUACCGUUUACUCUUAAUGAACAUUUUGAGGGUAAGGUUUACAUGUAUUAUGGUUUAAACAAUUUUUAUCAGAAUCACAGGAGAUAUGUUAAAUCAAGGGAUGAUAACCAGCUCUUGGGCAGGCUUGGAAUGGAGCCCUCACGUGACUGCAUGCCCUUUGAUUAUGUUAUAGAAAAUGAUGUGAGACAUCCAAUUGCUCCGUGUGGAGCUAUUGCAAAUUCAAUGUUUAAUGAUGUAUUACAAAUGGCAAUGUGGGUGGAUAAAUCACUGGUAAAUGUUUCAUUAUUGAAUACGGGCAUUGCUUGGGAAUCAGAUAAAAAUAUAAAAUUUAGAAAUCCUCCUGGGGAUUUGGAAAAAGCUUUUGAGAACUAUCGUGCGCCGAAGGAUUGGAAAAAGCCAAUUCAUAAAUUAGAUCCAAAGAAUCCUGACAAUAAUGGCUUUCAAAAUGAAGAUUUUAUCGUUUGGAUGAGAACUGCUGCUUUGCCAAAUUUCAGGAAACUGUAUAGAAGAGUCAAUCACACCCAGCAAUAUUUUAAAAAUGGUUUGCAAAAAGGAGAUUAUCUGCUGACAAUUGAAUACAAUUAUGAUGUGAGUUCUUUUGAUGGUGCGAAACUAAUGAUUUUAAGCACAACUUCAUUGUUGGGAGGCAAAAAUCCAUUUUUAGGGAUCGCAUAUAUUGUGAUUGGGUGCAUAUGUUUGUUACUUGGCAUAGCAUUGUUGUUUAUUCACAUUAAAUGUGGAAAAAGCACCAGUGAAAUGAUCAAUGUUAAUCCAAGAACACCAUACCAAAACUAGGAGAAUGCUUCAUGUGAUGUACAAGUGACUUCAGUAAGAGACUAAGUUUAAAGCUGUAGAUUUUUAUGGUUUUUGUUGUCCUAAUAGGUAAAAUAGUUUUAUUGACAUAAAAUAUAAAAUUUGCACUAAUUUGUGAACUAAGUGUCCUUGGUAAUUUAAGAUCACCAUUAGAAUUCAGUUUGAUGUUAGGUACCUAUUAAGCAAAAAUAAAUGUUGGCACAUAAAAGUUCUCAGUUAUAACAAAAUUAAAAAGGUCACUGGUGUUACAUCCAUCGAUAAAGAUUAAAUAUGGCUGGGAUAACAAGUUACGAGCUUUUGUCCAGAUUUUAAAUAGUUUAAAUCUAUGUAGUCUACCUACUGUUUAUCACGGUGAGUUAUGAAUUAUUUUAAAAAUUACUGCCCACUAUUUUGUAUUGGAUUAACAAAUGCAAAAAAUAAUUAAUUUAAUAUUUUUUGUAUGAUCCACUGAUAUAAUGGUCUGAUAGGAGGGAACAUUGCAAUACUUACCUAAAUGUUCAGUGCCUUAUUUGUCCCAUAACACAAACAAGAAAGAUGGUCAAAAUUUUUCCUAAGUAUUUGCCAUUAUCAAUAAGUUUAAUUAAUUUGCCGCUGAACAUUUGGAAUUAUAUUAUUGCACCGCAAUUAAUGCCAAAGAGUUAAAUUUAAGUUUUGUUAAAAUAAAAACUGUCAAACUGUCAACACAUUCUACAAAAAGGAUAUAUGUUUCUGCUAAUGUUUUAUUCAUAACAAAAUUUUGGAACCUUAUUAAUAAGUACUAGCUUUUAGGUGGGUGGCAGCAGUAUAAUAAUAAAAAUUCAUAAAAUUUAUCAUAUUGCUUUAUUGUAAAUUUAUUAAAUAUGAAAGGACAACUUAUAAGUAGAUAAGUAGAAAUGACGCCCCUUGUUUUUAAUUGUGUGAGUAGGUUAAGAAUUUUGUGAUAUACUUUAUAUUUCUUACAUAGGUUAUUUUACCAAACAAAUAAUCAAAUCCAUUUAUUAUUUAUUAUUAUUUCACAUUCCCUUAAUGCAAAACAUGCAAAAUUAUCCAUUUUAAUUUUUCAAAGAAACUUCCACAGGCUACUGUAAUAGUUUUUACAAAACUUCUGGAUUUCUCCUGCGUCGGUUUUUGCUGAGUCAAAAUUGUUGACGUUUCGCCAACCAUCCUGUUGGCUUCUUCAUAACUACUACUAUACUCUAUAAGCAGCUAUAGACUAAAAUACAAGCCAGUUUCAGGCAAGCUCUGAAGAAGCCAACAGGAUGAUUGGCGAAAAGUCACAAAGUUCAACUCACCAAACCCCGACGCUGGGGGAAUCCAGAAGUUUUAUGUUUAUCUUUUUUAUUUACAUAAUUAACUUGUAGUAUUGGAAUUGUAGUUUAUGUAAAAAUAAAUGUAUUUAGUUAUAA